AUGACGAAGCCCCUGAUCAGAAUCCCCUUCACGGGUCCUCUCCCUCCACCAAUUAUAUAUCCCCGCUCCGCCAACUCCAUCUCCGGCGCAGUCGACGCCAUCUCAUCCUUCCUCUCCGCCCCUCCCCCCCCCCUCCUCAGAGGCACUGAUGUUGGCCGGAACGAAUUAACGGUCCUACUCACCGGUGCCGGCAUCUCCGUCGCCUCAGGCCUCGCAGACUACCGUGGCGAAAAUGGCACCUACCGACGAAACCUAACCUACCGUCCCAUCUUCUACCACGAAUUCAUUUCCCAGCACGAGGCGCGGAAACGAUACUGGGCCCGCAGCUUUGUGGGAUGGCCCACGCUCGUCAACUCCAGCCCCAAUGAUACACAUCUAGCUAUUGCAGAGCUGGGUAGGAAGGGCUACAUAUCCUCCGUCAUUACCCAGAAUGUCGACUCUUUCCACUCCAAGGCCCACCCGCAUAUCCCCGUCGUCGAGCUGCAUGGCUACCUACGUUCGCUUGUAUGCGUCAAUUGCCGCCGGUCAAUGUCCCGGAACGACUUCCAGGCGGCGCUGCUAGAGCUUAAUCCGGCCUGGUCUGAGUUUCUGGACCAGAUAGUUAAGGCGGGCGCGUUGGACACGGAUAACAGGGAGGAACAACAGAAGAAGGGACUGCGGAUGAAUCCAGACGGUGAUGUUGAUCUCCCCAACGCCCCGUACUCGAAAUUCCGCUACCCCCCGUGCCCCCACUGCCUCGAGAAUCCGCCCCUUCUCCGCAAUGGCACGCAAGGGAGGGUAGAGGUGGAGCACGAUGGAGCGCUUUCUGCUAGUUCCAAUGCUGGCAUACUGAAGCCAGCUGUGAUCAUGUUUGGGGAGUCGGUUGAUGAACGUGUCAAGGAACGAGCGGAAGAGGCGGUUGAUGAGGCAGGGAAACUACUUGUGCUGGGGAGUAGCCUGGCGACAUUCUCAGCAUGGAGGCUUGUGGAGCGCGCCAUCGCGCGGGGAAUGUCGAUUGGAAUCCUGAAUGUUGGGGGCGUCCGCAAUGAAGCUAGAGUGUUCCAGGCAGCGAAUGGGUGUGGGUUUACCGACCCGAUGAUGCGUGUGAGAUGUAGUGAGCAGGCGGAGUUUGUUUUACCGCUAGUUGCUGCUCAGCUCAAUGCAGCCUCUCCCGUUUGGCGGAGAUGA